GAGGAAUUCCUCAACACGUCCUAAGCCGAGGCAACUCGCGCCUUCAUUCAAAGUUACACCCUAGGUUUAGGUUAGAUAGACUUGUUAAUCCGUACCAACAACUAAGUACUUGGAGUUGAGUUCCUUAUAAGAAUACAUAUUAUAUAAUUUGACGUCACUUCUCUUUCAAAUCCGUCGUGAUUCAUCUUCAUCUUCCUCUCAUUAAAAUUCACUGUAGCUUAGAGGCUACUUAAAGGAGUCGUAUCCUCCUCAACGUUAAAGACCCUGCAUAGCGCCAGCUAUCCAUCCAUCAUGCCGAUCCCAACAUCUCAGUACAUAAGCAAUGUGUGGAAAGAGGGGAUAUUCGAUGGCCGUGUUGUAUUCGUGACUGGCGGCGCCGGUACGAUCUGCAGCGCGCAGACGAGAGCUCUGGUCCACCUCGGGGCGAACGCUUGCAUUAUUGGUCGUAAUCAGCAAAAGACGGAAGCCGUCGCGAACGACAUCGCCACGGCACGAAAAGGCGCGAAGGUUAUCGGAAUUGGGGGCUGUGAUGUGAGGAAUCCCGAGAGCCUAGUUAAGGCCGCCGAGAGGUGUGUGAAGGAGCUUGGCGCCAUCGACUUUGUCAUAGCUGGUGCUGCGGGGAACUUCGUAAGCCCGAUCUCUAGCCUUUCGUCCAACGGAUUCAAGACCGUCAUGGAAAUCGACGUGCUUGGAACGUACAACACCGUCAAGGCUACUAUACCGUAUCUCGUUGAAUCUGCCUCCAGGAACAAGUCGAAUGAGAACGGGUUGACUGGUGGAAGAAUCAUCUACGUUUCAGCCACUUUCCAUUACACAGGUAUGCCCAUGCAAGCUCACGUGAUGGCCGCGAAGGCUUCCGUCGACUCUAUCAUGGCUUCCGUGGCCCUGGAGUACGGCCCGUAUGGUGUAACCUCGAACGUCAUCGCACCCGGCGGUAUCGAAGGAACAGAAGGAAUGGCGAGGCUCGCGGGCAAGAGUGACGAGGAGAAAAAUCCCGCGGCGGGUGUUCCGCUAGGUCGAUGGGGCACAAUCCGAGAUAUUGCGGAUGCGACUGUCUAUCUUUUCAGCGACGCUGGCAGCUAUGUUACCGGAGAAGUACUUGUUGUAGACGGCGGCGACUGGAGGAACGGAGGUAUGGGCGUUGGUCUCGAUUCCGGCAUGAAGUACCCGGAUUACCUACUUACGGGAGAGUUUUCCAAGCAUGUUAAGAGCGGUAGGAAAGACAAGUCCAAGCUAUGAGCGAGAAUUGCAUGUUCGGAGCUUUAUGUGGGGGGAGGGUAUGUUCUUGGCGCAUUCAACAGUAUGAAGGCGUUUAUCUAGGUCGUAAACGAAUGGCUCUGGGGGUUGAGCCAUACGACCUAGCAAAGGUAGCCUCUACGAGGUUUCCGCUCAUCCCCGUGGAGAAAUGCGCCACGCGUGGUAUCAUUGUAUUUCUGGCAUCUAAUAAGUACAUCUAAGUGUCUCAAGUAUUGGGUUGCUUAGUCACCAAAAUGAGGUAGGCAUGUGAGUCCGUU